AUGUUAGGCACCGUCUUGCCAUGGCGGCAGAGCCUCCGUGCCGUGCGGCAGAUCCUCCGUGACCGCCGCACCUGGGUGGCAAGGCCUCCAGGGGCCGCCAAGACUCCUUGGGUGCCGUCCGAUAACGAUGUGGAGGAAGCGCCGCUCCAGGCUAUCAGGAGGGCCGGCCGCGCAGGUGGCCUCCCACAGAAGGCCUUUUCCGCGCCUCGCCUGGAUAAGGCGGGCUGGCGUUGGACGGACGUGCGGGGUGACAAGAUUUUCUACAGGCGCGUGCGUGACAUUCGUGUCCCCGAGCAGAAGCUCCCGAGUUGA